GCGGCAACGUCUUUAAAACUGUUUUAAAAGUCGAUUCAGGAGGAGGUGAAGAGAAGUGAGACUGAAAGUGAGCUGUAAAAUCCGAAUGAAACAAAAAGUGGCGUUUGGUAUGCAGUUUCAAAAGAAAGAAGCACAUUUGCUUUCUUUUGCCAUGUUAAAAAUCUGAAUCAAAUUGCACACAAUCAAAAUAGAAGAAAAUUUUCUACGAAUCAAAAAAGUGUUUGGUACAUUUCUUUGGCGUCGUGGUAUCAAAACGGUUGUCAGAAAAAAGGAGAAGAAAUAACGAAGCGCAAAAAUGUGAAAAAAGAAGACGAAGAAGUAAAAAACGAGAACAUACAAAACCUUUGAAGUUGUAAAACGUGAACAAAAGCGAAAAGCGGCUAAAGAAUUGACUGCUAUUUGCAUUGGGAAUUUGUUUGUUCGAGUAAACGCUGCGAUUGUUCCUUUUCGACGUUCGGUCUAUGUGUAGCAUUACUGCAGCAAGAAAGAAAAAACCAUAAUCGCAGCAGCAGUGCGCAUUCCGUUUCUUAUGCAAAUGCCAGCGAAAAGUCGUGGAAAAUCAGCAGCAGUCAGUGAUAUAAAUUUGUUCAAUGUAAAUGCCGAUGUUGUGCUACCAUCAGCUUCACCAUUGAAAAUCGAGUCAGUUGUUCCGCGACGCAGUAAAACUCCCACAAGUCGAUUUCUGCAACGUUCAUACAGCACAUUAAAUCUAAGAUAUUUGAAUACAUUGAUAAGUGAGAAUCAUCAGCGUAAAAGUGGUGUAGUUGAUCCAAAGUCAAGACAAUCGAUAAAAAAUGGCAGCCGAGCUGUUGCGACAGAUGGUGGCGGUGGCAUCGGAGGAGGCAAACAUUUGGAGGCUAGUGAAAAUGGUGUGGCACUCAAAACGAUAUCGCCUUCGUCGAAUGCCACGAAUCCGGGCAACGCAACGAGUGUUCAGCACGGUUUCUGGCGCAUACAAAGAACAGCAAAAGAGAAGGAAAAAUGUCCCGAUCGCAUAAAUUUGGAUAGAAGAGGUCUGGCCACAUUGCCGCUAAUUGUUGAUGAGCCAAAUUUGCGUUUGUUAUCGCUUCAGCACAACCUAAUCAAUAGUAUCUGUGUACCUGCUUUGAAUCUGAACAACAACAACCAGCAUGCGAACGGCGACAAUUCGUCACUUAUCACAGCCGUUGAAUUUACGAAAAAGACCAACACAAAUGCAGACCAAAAUCAAUCGAAUAAGUUGACGAAGGCGAUGGUUGUGAACGGUGGCAAUGGCAAUGUCAGUAGCAACGCUGGUCCUGGUCAACGUUUAUUGCGUACACAAUCAAUACAAAAACCGUCAUCAUCAUCAUCCCGUACGUUGUCACGUAAUUUUUCCAUAAAUUCAAACGCAAUCGGUCGAAAUCGGCUAACGACCAAAACUAUUGACCCAAAUCACCAAAAUGCCGCUACGAAAAAUACGCUCGUACCAACAAAAUCGGCGCUUUUGCAUUCCAAAGAAAAGUACGUGCUCAAAAAGGCAAAUAGUGUUGUCAACAGUUAUUCGAAGCACCUCGGUCGAUUGAUUCAAAACCGCUACAAUGGCACGACAGCAGCCAGCCGACUAGCAUUAGGCUCAAGUAUUAGCAGCGAUUCAACGCCGGAUAUUGAACUGCAGCCCUCGACCGACAUGCUAAUGAUAAAAAAUGACCCGUUCAGUGGUUUUGCGCAGUGUUUACAGCAUUUAGUGUUUUUAGAUCUGACGGACAAUCAAAUUGAACGCAUCUCAUGUUUGGAUGGUUUAACGAGUUUAACGGUACUUUUGUUGGGUAAAAAUCGAAUUAGUGACAUAUCGGGAGUGGUUUCGGUGAAAACAACGUUGCGUGUACUCGAUUUGCAUGGCAACAAAAUCACAUCGAUCGCACAAAAAAUAUGCCAACUACAUGAGCUAAAAUCACUUAAUUUGGCUGCAAAUAGUCUACGCCACAUACAAGAGGACGAUUUUAAAGGUCUGAUCCAAUUGAAGGAAUUAAAUAUUAAACGAAAUCGAAUCAAGAAAAUCAAUGGAUUCGAUGAUUUGCAUGCGCUCGAACGAUUGUGGAUGUGUCACAAUGAUAUUGAAAAAGUGAACCAUUUGUCGUGUUUGAAAAAAGUGCAGAAUUUAAGGGAAAUUACCAUUGAAAACAAUCCCGUGUCAUUGGCCGGCGAUUGCAUAUCAUUUUUGGUGUCGCAUUUGAAACGGUUAACAUCGUUUAAUCAAAUGCAAGUGACGGACCAAGUACGACGGGCGGCAAUGGAAUGGCGCAAAAAUAGAGAACUCUAUGAUUCCAAUCAUUCUGAAUUGAGCAGUGAUAUUCGCCGUGAAGAGAUUAUAUCAAAUGCACGCACAAACUGGGAAUUGCUUCGAUCACAGCAACCGCAAAGAAUUUCCAGCCAUACUCAAAAGCCGAUUAACGGCACUGCAAUGCUACGAACCGCAAACGAUGCCGUUGACGUAGAGAGCAACUUAUCGGAAAACGUUAUUAUUGAUCGGAAGGUGAUUCGGCAGAAAACGCAAACGAUACGAAAAAAUCUACGGAAAUCGGUGAAAAUGCGACGGUCUUUAUCACAGGAUAAUAAUAAUAUUAAUUCAAGUGCAACAAACGAAUUCCAUUUGCCGCCCAUUACACCGAACGUUUCCGAGAAUGUGAUUCAGGUUGAAGCGUCCAUCAUAUCAUCGGAAUCAAGCGUUGGAGUUAAUGUCGACUCAACGUCAAGCCAUUUCAUAACCGAAACAGAGGAAAGUGCAACGAAAUUCGAUGGACUAUCGCGAAUAGCUAAGGAGAGCACGGUCGAAGUGGAAAAUGCAAUAGAAACCGAUUUCCAUGUUGAUUCGAAUGGAAAUAAUCUCCGUGAUGCUUUAAAUCAAUGUGAGAUUGAACACGAGCCAGAUGUCGUAUCAAAUUUAAUUCUGUCUGAAAAGGCGACUGGCGAUGUCCUUGAGCUGGAUGCGUCGGCGAACAUAAUCCCAAAUGAGACCGUUGAAAAGGAUCCGGUCAUUUGUGAUGAUCCGGUGAAAAGCUUAAUCGAAAGCUCUGCCCAUAAUAAUCUCCCGUCAGAGAAGACACUCCAUCGCACAAAAAGCACUGUGAAAAGGUCAUGUCAACAUCCAACGCUGCAACGUUCACAAACAGCACGAGUGAUAAACUUGAUUUCACCGAUGCCAAGUGCGACGGCGGCAGCAUCAUCGUCGUCGUUGACCACCGUACAAACACCAAAACCACCAAAGCAAUUGGAACGCGAACGAGAACAAGGUGGUGACUAUCUUAUCGAAAUCUGUGGCCGUUAUUUGAACGUUUAUGGAAGCGGUGCAAUAAAGUUCAUCGAUCGUCAAUGGAAUGCACAGAAGGCGAACGAUGUGCACACAUUGAAAUUUAGUUAUGUGAAUUUCAAUAAUGUCGCUACGAUUUUUGGGAAAAUCAAAAAUCGCUUUCCAAAUGCCGAAAACUAUGCAUUUCGCGAGACGAAUAUUCAGUUUUUUGGCCAAUUGAAUGCGUUGGCCGAGCUUCAAGGUUUGAAAUCAUUGACAAUAGACGCCGAAGGAAAUCCGAUCAACUCGAAAGACUGGCGAUCUUAUGCGGUCUACCGCCUAUCUCACUGGGGGCUUAAGAUAAUCAACGAUAUUGAGAUUACAAGUGAAGAAAUUGAAACCGCCCAAGCAACAUACUCCGGUCUAUCGGAUUUAGUGUUAUGGUCAUUGCCCGAAUCUACAAUCGAACCACUGCUGCUACGCCUUAAUUUAGAGGAAUCAUGUACUACAAUCGAAAAAAUUAAACCGAAACAAUGGCUAAUGAGCGCUGAUUUGUCACUGCGUUCAGUUGUCGGCAAAGAAGCGCUUCAGUGCAAAUUAUCUGCACAUAAUCCAUCGAAUCCGUUCGUUCAAGAAAAUGAAAUUCGGAAUCGUGGCCGAUAUUGUCUGUCAACCAUGAUUGAAAACACCUACAAUGCCGUAGAGAAGUUACAAAAAUUGGAAUCCAUGUGGCCGGGCAUGUUGCUCGAUCUCGUUAAAUCGACGCUGCUCGACUAUGCGCAAAUGGAUGCAUAUCUUGAACAUUUAAUGACCGAAUCGAGUACAACGGGAAAGUAAACAGUCCUUCACAAAUAAGAGAUUUUAUUUAUUAUUGCGUAUAUUUUUAAUAAACAGACAAAGAAACAAACAAUUUUUUGCAACAUCUUUUGAAUUUAUCGAGAAAAAAACAAAUACUUGACCCAAUUUCUACUAUUGCAGCGCUGGAGAAACUUGUGCAGAAUUUUGUUAGCAGUACCUAGUAACCUGUGAACAAUGUGUAGACCAAAUUCAUAACAAUUCCAAUGGGAAGACAACAA